CUACGCCCAUUUGUAUUUACUAAAUAAUAAAAACACAUUUAAAACCAAAUAUUGCUUCGAUAAGUGAAUAAAUUAAACCAAUAGCCAUGUAUUAAGCAGACUUAUGUAUAAGGAACCGUUAGCUCCAGAGAAAUAAAGAUAGAAAGGUGAACAAGAGCCCGACAAAGUGACCAGUUGGCUAUGGCAGCCAGGCCUACAUUAAAGAUAAAGAAAUUAAAGUUACUGUAUUUCUGUCUUUUCCUGUUUAUCCUUCUCUUCUUUCGUUCUCUUCCUCCCCUGGGCGCCAGAGUGUUUAGGUUUCCUUGACAUUAUGAUGUGCAAAUAGAUAGCUAUCCCCUCUCCGGUCAGAAUGAUGUAUCAAGUGGGUAAUUAAGGAAACUCGCCCCUCCCAACCUCCCGAUUUAGGGUAGAGUCUAUGGGGGGGAGGGGGGUAUUAGUCUGGCUCUCAGUAAAUUUUUGAUUUCCAAGUGGUGUUAUCAACGGCCGUAAAUCUACAACCAAUCAGAGCAACGUUUUUUAUGAAAAUGCCUCAACGGAAAUCCUCUGUAUAGUCAUAUCGAACCUGAAUUCCGCAAUUCCGUCGCUCAGACUAGGACUUCAGACUACAGAGCGUAAACGUUCAUUAACACAGACUGGAGUCAACAUCUUCCAAACGCCCUGUGCCUUAAUCGGACUAUUGCAGUAAGCCUGGGGAAUGUCCUCCUGGGAGAUGAUGAAGCUUCUUGUUCUGCUGCUGGUGUUCUGUUGGAUGGCCUGCGUAGAGGGAGAUGAACCUCCAGGUUAGAUCUUACGGUCUACCUGUGAGAUGUACACAGAUAUGAAGACUUUUUUUGUCACUGAGGGGGAGGCUCUUCGCAUCGUACCAGAUGGUCUGCAGGGGGGCAAUUGGAACGACUCCCAACAUGACCUGUUCACCUGGCACCGCCAGGAGGGAGAGACCAAUAUCUCCUCCUCAGAGGAGGAGCGGAUCCAUCAACAUGGCCCUGCCCUCUUCUUCCUCCCUCUAUCCAUCAGCGACACCGGUCACUACAUUGCCCGGUAUGACAGCCAGUAUCUAUACCACCACAGGCUCGACUACUUGGGGAAAUGCCACAUCUUCUACGUUCCUCUGCUUGUGACCAGCGAUCCCCUGGAAACUUUCUACACCCCCAUCGAGAGCUCUGACCCUAACCCCCAAGUCUCCUGUCCGGAGCAGGUCACGGAUGUGUGCAAAGACUUCAGAGGAGUUCUCAGCUGGUACCAGAACUCCAGUCUGAUGGUGGGGGAGAAACUCCCUACACUGCAGCUGCAAGGACACACCAUGGCGUACAUGGCCGUGUACAAGUGUGUGUGCACGUGGAAACACAAUGAGAAGCCGUACAACUCCACGGCCUCCAGAGAGCUGAAGAUGAUGGAGCAGCCGGCUAAUCAGGAUAUCCAAAUCAUCCUUCCUACCACCACAGAGCUGACCGUUCACCCAGGUUCCCCGCUGGAGAUCCAGUGUGUGGCCUUCUUUGGGACCAACUUCAAAAGUCACUGUGAAGUUCGCUGGGAGAAGAACAACCACAGUAUAUCUGGGAUGGAGGGUUACCAGCAGACCUUCUUCAGGGAGACAGUGGAGUCAUCCAAGAAGAGCUUUUGCUCCUCCACCCUUACUAUUGAGAAGGUCCAGGGGUCCGACCUCCAAACCUCCUUCAGGUGUAGGGCCUCCAACCACAGAGAAACCAGAUUCCACACUCUCAGCCUCAAGCUUGCAGAAUCGAGGAGCUACCUUGUGGUUGCGGUGGUGUGUGUCAGCAUUGUGUUCCUGUUAGCCGCCCUCACCAUCAAAUACUUCUUUAUGGACCUGGUUCUGUUUGGCAGAAGGUUCCUGAAAUGCUGCAAGGCCAGCAGCGAUGGGUUGCUGUACGACAUCUACGUGGUGUACCACUCUCAAGAGAAGAGUGAGGGGAUCCUGAACCGCUUCCUCUCCCAGGCCCUGCCCCACGUCCUGGAGCAGAAGUGUGGCUACAGGGUCUUCACCCAUGGCCCUAACGCCACACCCAGAGCAGACCGGUUGGAGGUGGUGAAGGAGUACGUGAGGCUGUCCAGGAGGCUGAUGGUGGUGCUCCCUCCGGGGUUAGAGAUCCAUGAGACCCUGGGCUCUUCCCCCAGCAGCCCUGUAGGGGAUGAUGUUGAGUGGCAGGUAGGGCUCCACGAGGCCUUGGCCCAGGAUACGAGAGUGAUCCUGGUCCAGCUGGGUGAGGUGGGACCCCAGGGCUACACCCAUCUCUCCCCCACCCUGCAGAACUUUAUCCACACUCGUUCCCCCCUCUGCUGGUUGGAGGACUCACCAGGCGCCGCAGACUGGAACUCGCGUUUCUGGAAGAGGGUGCGCUACGAGAUGCCCAUCGUGUCCACCAAACCCUCUUCUCUUUCUGUUUUGUGAGAGGUUCUUGGGUAAUGAAGUUUACCAUGAUGUUAAUAAUGUUGAGUAUCAGUAUCACUAUUAAUUAUUCAAACCGAAAACUGGAGAACGCAGACACAGGAGAUUUAAUGAAGAAAGCCCUGAUUUAUUAAUAAACGGGGAGGCAGGAAGAUGGGUAGGGUUCUUCAAUGGAGGGCAUUCAUAACAUAGGUCAGUAAGAACCUCAAAAAGUUUCAAGAAAAACCAUGGAGACGUAUUUAAAUUCCAAACGAUGCGCAACCAUUUGCUCACUUUGUUUACAGAGGUCUAGAGUCACAAGUGAGCAAAUGAUUUAAAAAAAAAUUAUAGGCCAACGUAUUUAACGAGGAACCAGUGAUUAAAUUGAGGAACUGAAAAUCCCUGCUCACUGGUUGGAAAUGUUACAUACGAUUGGUGUUAUACAACUGUUUAAGCGACCUUGAGUGUGAUAAAGGUGCUGUAUAAAAUAAACAUAUUUUUAUUAUUAA